AGAUAGGCCGACAAGCGCGUCAAUUGCGGCGACAUUCAGUUGUUCGAGAGUAGUCGAGUAAGUAGUGUGGUUGUACGCGUGUCCUAUAAAAAUGGCAGCUCGAAAUCGACGCGCAAUGGGUUUCCUCGUAUACGUUUAUCUGGGCUAUUUGUUGUUGGCGCGGGUACAGUCAAACCCUGUCAAUAUCCCAGUGAAUCAGGUACCGUUGACACUAUGGGAGAGGGCGUGGAGCGCCUUGAACGAGCAUUCGCCGACACAUCAUCUGUACGCGCAAGGCAAUCUAAUAAAUGCGCAAGAAUUGGUGGAGCCGCCUUAUAAGAUAUACAAGUUCACGUAUAACUUGAGCCCAAUAUGUGGAGCCGAAUCUCCAGUUUCAGGAAGCCCCUGUCCUAAAGAAGCUUGCACCAUCGAUUUGAAACAAGACGAGAACGGCGAGAUAGAGACGUUGAAUGACUCCAUUCAAUGCAUGUACUUCUACCCGGCCGAUGCACAAAAUGAAGUGUCGCAAGAGCAGCAAGGCGAUCAAAGCACGAGCUAUCAGGAGCAGGAAGACUCUCAGGUUACGGAGAGCUUGGCCGAACAGGUGAACAAUAACCGAAGCGUCGAGCUAUACCACGAAGUUCAGGAGACCGGUGACGAGAAUGUCAGACCAUUCAUCGCCAUGCGCGCCUCCAACCCCAGUUACUGUCCGGGUUGCCCAUAUGAGCUGAACCCGCAGCUGAUGGGUCUUUUGCCAUUCUCGAAGCAAGCACUGAAGUCAAUGGACGAGCAGUCCACGGGCGAUUACAAACAUAAGUUAAUUAAGAUCGUAAAAGUCACUCGCUCGGUGCCUGUCUCGUCCAACGUAAUACAAUAUCAGCUACUAUUGCUGAUCGGUGAGUCCGAGUGUUUGAAAAAUGCCUUGGAACAAGAUGAGUGUCCUCUGCAGGUGGACGUACCGGCGAAAUUGUGUCUAAUCACAUUUGAGCAGCAGCCAUGGCAACAGACAGGCUUGAAGAUCACUAAGAACAAUUGCACAAGCCCGGAGAACGUAUCCAGCUCCAACAAUCUAUCCCAGCAACCGGAUUCGGAGAGUUUGUCGCAAAUGACGGUCAAAUACGAUGAAGGGCAACCCUUGAAGGAUGCUUAUGAAGGUCUGAAAGACAUACUAGAUAAUUACACACACGCACCGACAUCGCCGGAGAUAAGUUCGGAAUCCAAAGAGACCAGUUCAAAGAGAGCAGUGACGGAGCCGACGAUAGUAAAAAUCUUAUUGAACCGCAGCCAAGAUGAUGAGAAAAACGAGGGCUUCUUCGACAAAACGAAAGAAUUUGGUGAAUUCUUAGAGGACUUUGAUGUACCCGUGAAAGUGGAACAUGUGACUCCCGAGUCUAUGAAGGAGGGAGAGUUCAAGCGAAAGAAAGUACGAGCGGAGAACUUCAUGGUCGAGAAGGCAAUUGACCGGAACGUCGUCAAUAGACAGAAACGAUCCCCGCAAGUACAACUGGUUGGUGCACCCUCGCCGAUAUCCGUCAACGAUUCUGACGUUCAGAUGUAUGUCGAGAAAGCGUUGCGCAAGGUCUCGCAUGAUUCGGACGAACCGAACGAACCAAUUAUAGUGGAGAUUGUAAAAGCGACCGUUCAAGUAGUCGCGGGUAGUCUUCAUAAGAUCACGGUCAAGAUGGGUACUAGCGAUUGUCCGAAAGGUACCAAAAACAACUGUCAGUUGCAAGCUGGAAGCGAGGUGAAGGAUUGCCAGAUAUCGGUAUUGUCGCAGUCAUGGCUCGAUAAAGGUGAGCCAUCGAUAACGGUGGAGUGUCCUCCUCCACCAGAGAUGGUCGAGAAGGCAACUGACCGGAACGUCGUCAAUAGACAGAAACGAUCCCCGCAAGUACAACUGGUUGGUGCACCCUCGCCGAUAUCCGUCAACGAUUCUGACGUUCAGAUAUAUGUCGAGAAAGCAUUGCGCAAGGUCUCGCAUGAUUCGGACGAACCGAACGAACCAAUUGUAGUGGAGAUUGUAAAAGCGACCGUUCAAGUAGUCGCGGGUAGUCUUCACAAGAUCACGGUCAAGAUGGGUACUAGCGACUGUCCGAAAGGUACCAAAAACAACUGUCAGUUGCAAGCUGGAAGCGAGGUGAAGGAUUGCCAGAUAUCGGUGUUGUCGCAGCCAUGGCUCGAUAAAGGUGAGCCGUCGAUAACGGUGGAGUGUCCUCCUCCACCAGAGAUGGUCGAGAAGGCAACUGACCGGAAUGUCGUCAAUAGACAGAAACGGUCCCCGCAAGUACAACUGCUUGGUGCACCCUCACCGAUAUCCGUCAACGAUUCUGGCGUUCAGAUGUAUGUCGAGAAAGCGUUGCGCAAAGUCUCGCAUGAAUCGAACGAACCGAACGAACCAAUUGUAGUGGAGAUUGUAAAAGCGACCGUUCAAACAGUCGCGGGUAGACUUCACAAGAUCACAGUCAGGAUGGGUACUAGCAACUGUCCGAAAGGUACCAAAAACAACUGUCAGUUGCAAGCUGGAAGCGAGGUGAAGGAUUGCCAGAUAUCGGUGUUGUCGCAGCCAUGGCUCGAUAACGGUGAGCCGUCGAUAACGGUGGAGUGUCCUCCACCAGAGAAGAGUCAUAGGAAGGAACGAUCGUUACGCGGCACCAAUUACAAUGAGAAAAUGCUGCGUAUCGCGGAGGACAUGAGGAGCGAACGAUUAUUCGAGAAUUUCGUCAACACAUAUAAUCGAACAUACGCCACAGAGGAAGAGAGGAACCUACGGCUCUCGAUAUUCCGUGAGAACCUCGGUAUUAUACGUCUGCUACGAAAGAACGAGCAAGGGACCGGGCAAUACGGUGUCAACCAGUUCGCCGACGUGUCGACCGAAGAGUUCCACGCAUUUUACCUUGGUCUGCGACCAGAUCUGCGCACGGAGAACAAUAUUCCUUUACGGCAGGCUGAGAUUCCAGAUAUAGAGCUGCCGAAUAGCUUCGAUUGGCGACAGAAAGGCGCCGUCACACCCGUGAAGAAUCAGGGUAUGUGCGGGUCAUGUUGGGCUUUUUCGGUGACAGGCAACGUCGAAGGCCAAUACGCCAUCAAGCACAACAAACUGCUGUCGUUGUCGGAACAGGAGCUGGUGGACUGCGACGAUCUGGACGAGGGUUGCAACGGGGGUCUGCCCGAUAACGCUUACAGGGCGAUUGAGAAGCUGGGUGGUCUUGAACUGGAGUCGGAUUAUCCGUACGAGGCGGAGAACGAGAGGUGUCACUUCAAGAAGAACAUGGCCAAAGUACAGGUGGGCUCUGCGGUGAACAUCACGUCGAACGAGACGCAAAUUGCGCAGUGGCUGGUGGCGAACGGUCCGAUAUCCAUCGGCAUCAAUGCUAACGCCAUGCAGUUCUACAUGGGCGGGGUGUCGCAUCCUUUCAAAUUCCUUUGCAAUCCUAAGAACUUGGACCACGGCGUGCUGAUCGUCGGAUAUGGCACGAGUAACUAUCCGCUCUUCCAUAAGAAGCUACCGUAUUGGAUUGUGAAGAACAGUUGGGGAGACAGAUGGGGCGAACAAGGAUAUUACAGAGUUUACCGCGGAGACGGCACUUGUGGGCUCAAUACAAUGGCCUCUAGCGCCGUUGUUGUUUAAUGCCGAGGUUGACUACAUUAAUAAGUUUUACAUGACAAUUAACUUAUAUAUUCGUUCUAAACGAUGUUCUACAUAUAUAGAGAGAUUUUCUACUAACUUAAUAUCGACUAUGUGUGGAACGAUUCGUUUGCAAGCCUGCCGAGUAUUCGACAAACAGAUACGCGUUUGACUUCCGUUGCAAUAGAUGUCGACGUUACGUAUUUAGUGAACGUUAAGAAACACGUCGCGCUCAACCUAACGAAUGUUUGACAAGCUUACGAAUCGUCCGCGGCCAGUUAGUUGUGUAUGUUGCGCAAGAGUUCGGUUUGUUAAAUUUAAUUUUCUGCGUAUAUUUAUACCGAGCCAGAAAAAAAUGAUGAUGAUCGUUUAUGACAAUCCUGUUUGCUUGUUGACUCGUUCGAAGAGAUUCAAAGUAUGUUUUUGCAAAUGUUUAUAUAAAACAAUAUAUAUAUAUAUGUAUAUGUUAUAUAUAAUGUUGGAGCUAGAGCUACGGAAAAUGUCGAGUGUUGAAUCUCACGAAGUAAAUUUUAAUUGUGCAUAAAGAAUAACUUCUGCGACGUUUACGUAAUUUUUAGAAUUAAGUUUAUUUGAGACCAUCAAUCUUCGCGUUAAGAAUUUUAACAAAGCUUCGACUCUACGUUUAGUGUUAGAGCAUAGGAUUUUAUAUACAGCUUAUGGAUUCUCAAACUGAAGUGUUAGGGCUCAUUUCAGAAAUAAAGAAUAUGUGGAGCAUUAGUGCCCAAACUUUAUCAGAGAUAAUAUAAAAAGCUAACUAUGCGAAAUCAUGUCAAUUUAACAGUAAACAUGUUUAAAAUCUAGACUGGCGUCAUUAAACCCUUUCAAUAAAGACGUAGAGUCGUUGCGAGAGAAAAAAAGUGUACAAGAUAAACAUACAAAUUUCUCCUUUUUUAUUUAGUUUAUGCAGAAUAAAAUUUUUACGAAAUAGGAAGAAAUUAAUUAAUUAGUAAAAUUUGAUAAAAUCAUAAUUUUACAAAAUCUACAAUAUUGUAAAGAACUAUAUAUGCGCACGGGCACGCAUGACUAAUACAUAUCGUUAUUUAGAAGAUCAGUGGUGCGAUUCUUUAACUCGUUAUUGUUAACGACAGUUUCGUUAUCGUUGCGCAGCUUUUCUACGGUAUACAAAAGCUGCGCAACGAUAACGAAAGUGCCGUUAACUCCAAUAACGAGUUAAAGAAUCGCGCCGCUGAGCAUAUCUGGAUAACUGCGACAUUAUAUCGUCGCUUAUAUGUUAAAGAAA